CCCACCAACCUUAAGGCAUUAAGACAAACAGGGAUUGGAGGUAGAAUUUAGCUGAAGGGGAAAAUCUCUGGCUUUUCAAUUUCCUUUGAGAGCAUUGCAGCACUUCAGCAGAAAGCCAGCAAGGCGUUCUUUCUCUCCUCCCGAUUGCUGCAUCUCCUCUACAGCAUCCACUCUGCUACCCACCUCGCCACCAUGGCCAGUACUGUGUCAGCCUACAAGGAGAAAAUGAAGGAGCUGUCCUUGCUCUCACUGAUCUGCUCCUGUUUCCACACUCAGCCGCACCCCAAUACCAUCUACCAGUAUGGAGACAUGGAGGUGAAACAGCUGGACAAAAGGGCAUCUGGCCAGAGUUUUGAAGUGAUCCUGAAGUCCCCUUCGGACUUGUCCCCUGAGAGUCCAGUCCUCUCUUCUCCUCCUAAGAAGAAGGACCUGUCCCUGGAGGAGCUGCAGAAGAGGCUGGAGGCUGCAGAGGAGAGGAGGAAGACCCAAGAGGCCCAAGUGCUGAAGCAGCUGGCGGAGAAGCGGGAGCACGAACGGGAGGUGCUGCACAAGGCCCUGGAGGAGAACAAUAACUUCAGCCGGCUGGCUGAGGAGAAGCUCAACUACAAGAUGGAGCUGAGCAAGGAGAUCCGCGAAGCUCACCUAGCUGCCUUGAGGGAGCGACUGCGUGAGAAGGAACUGCAUGCAGCUGAGGUUCGCAGGAACAAGGAACAGCGGGAGGAGAUCUCUGGAUAAAGGGCUUUUCUACACAUCUAGCACCUGGUUCCUGAUAACUAACCAACCAACCAACUAACCCAACACAUUUUAUUUUGUUUGUCUAGAUGCAACAUUUGGUUCCCCAUUUCCCCCAACCCUCUGGUGUUUGUUCCCCAGCUACACGCUUUCUCUCUCUCUCUCCAUCCUUAACUGUUCAGUACUUGGGGUGGAUCGCAGGCCAUGGAUUACCUCUAAGCAUACUAGCAGCUAGUUCAUAUGAAGUAUAGAAUCAGUCAAUACCAAUCAAACAGCUUCUCUUUGGGAUUUUGUUCUUUUUAAAAAAUCUUUCUGAAUCUUAAAGAAUUCAGAUACUAAUAAAUUCAGCCAGCAGUGCCAUGGAGAUUUGGAUUCCCUAUCCGGAGCUUAUACUACUCCUGGCAUUUGCUCUGAGCCAGAUAUCAGUGUCAAGACAAUGGGCAGUAAAUAGUGAGGAUUUCUUCCUUGGGGGGGAGUGGUUAAUGGAUCCAUUGUUUCCCAGCAGAUGGAGAAGGGGACCAGAUGGCUCAAGGAAUUAGUUAUGUCAUGCAGAGCCUUUCACCUUGGGUCAUUGGUUUGAAGUCAGCCCAGGUAGGUAGUGACUUAGUCAUUACUUGCUGACGGUGCUUUGGUAGCCCAUGUGAAAUUAGCUGGGGGUCUCAGAGCCUAGCGGACCAGUGCCCAUAUCGCAAAAAAUACCAUCACCACAGGCAUUAGUGGAUAUCUUAGUUGGCCACAGGUUGAAUAAGCCUGUAGGCUGAACUACCCUCUCAGUUGUAGAGGCAGGACUGGGGCACACUGGCUCAGCAGUGUCGGGGAAGCCUGCACUGUUACUGCCUGUGUUGAACCUGAUUCUAUAGAUGAUCGGGGUGGCUCAGUUUCCAAGGCUGUCAAUCUGACACUUUUCACAACCAAUAACAUUUCACUUCAAUAAGUAAAUAAAUAAACUAGAAAGGGUAUGUGAUUGCCAAUCAGCCCACAGGCCUUUAGAGAAACUCUAAUUUGGGAGAAUUAUUGUUCCCUCUUCCCAAAGAUGGAUGUGACUCUUCAAUACCAUUACAGGAGAGACAUUUGGACCAAAGAUCACAGAAUGAACCAGAGAGCUCUGGCUCUUCAGCCUCACAUCGUAGCAAAGGACACACUGAUCUCUGCAAUGGUAUUUCCAGAAGAGCAGCUUUGGAAAAGACGGGAGGGAUGUGGCCAGGGAGAGGGCAGAAGGGGUUAGGAGACAUUUGUGUGGCUGCUUCUGGUGUAGUCAUGGCAGUAGAAAUGUAAGGUCAUUGUUUACAGAGAUGGCUGCUAAAAGCAGAUGAUGAGCCAAACUGUAAGGGGUCUGCCAUUCCAUCACUAAGGUCAGUAGAGUUGCAAACACUUAACGCCAGAUCUGAAUUUGACUUGGUAAAUCAACUGGCUGAAGUUUUUAUGUCUGGCUGAAGUGCAAGAGGGCAUCGACUUAAACUCAGUGAAGACUUGCGAUAGGGUGUUUGUGCAGGUUCAGCGUGCCCAAGAGCAUUCCCCUGUGGGGGGGUUUUGUGGAGGAGACCUUGGCAGCUCUUUUUCCUUUUGGAGCAUAGAGCAGCAAAGAAUCCUUCCUUCCACCUUCCAACUUUUGCAGUGUACUGGUACCUUUCUUCCAGA